AUGUCGUCGUCGUCAUCUCCAUUAGUCCGUCGUAUUAUUACAACAACUGCAGCUGGACCAGUUGGUGGACCAUAUAGUCAAGGUGUUGUUAUUGGUCAAACAUUAUAUUUAAGUGGAUCUAUUGGUCUUGAUCCUGCAACUGGUAAAUUCGCUGGUGAAAGUGUACAAGAACAAGCUCGUCAAUCAUUAAAAAAUCUUGGUGAAGUUCUUAAAGCUGCAGGUGCUACAUAUAAAAAUGUCGUAAAAGCCAAUGUCUUUCUUCAAGAUAUGAACGAUUUUGCUGCAAUGAAUGAAGUCUAUGCCGAAGUUUUCACAGAUCAUCAUCCAGCUCGUUCAACUGUUCAAGUAGCAGCUCUUCCAAGAAAUGCUAAAGUUGAAAUCGAAGGUAUAGCUGUCUUAGGUGAUAUUAAAGACGAAUAG